AUGGCAAAGACCAUCCUCGUCACAGGCGCCUCUGGCUUCCUCGCCAGCUACGUCAUCGCCGAGUUCCUCAAAGCCGGCUGGAAUGUCCGCGGGACCGUUCGCUCAAAGGCAAAGGCGCAGCACCUCUUUGAGCGCUAUCCCGAACAUGCGGACAAGAUCGAGCUCGUCGAAGUCAAGGACCUCGUCACCGGCGAGGGAUUGGAGGAGGCGGUCCAGGGCGUGGAUGCGAUCGCGCACACGGCCAGUCCUUAUGCGCUCACGUACACCGACCCGAUCAAGGACUUUAUCGACCCGGCCGUCAAGGGGACUAUCGGGGUUCUCGAGGCUGCAAAGAACGCUGGCGUCAAGCGCGUAGUCGUUACCUCGUCCUUCGCCGCGGUGACAAACUUCAAGGAAGGCGGACCCUGGCGCAACUACACCUACACCGGCUCCGACUGGAACCCCCUCACCGUCGAAGACUGCCUCGUCCCGAACGUGCCCGGACCGGUCGUUUACUCCGCCUCGAAGACGCUCGCCGACCGGGCCGCACACGACUAUGCAUCGAAAAACGACCUCGUACUCUGCACUAUCAAUCCGCCGAUGAUCUAUGGACCGCCUCUGCAGCGCGUCGCGAGUCGCUCGGAGAUCAACACGAGUUCAGGCGCGAUCUACGCCUUGAUUCAUGGAGAACCGGGACGCGAAGUGCCCUGGAACCGCUUGCCGCUUUUCGCGCAUGUGGUGGAUGUGGCGCUGGCGCAUGUGAGGGCAGUCGAAGUCGAGGCGGAGAAGGUCAAGGGUCAGAGGUUCCUGAUUUGCGGCGGAUCGUUCACUUGGGAGGAGGCAACCGCCCACCUCGCCUCCGUCCGUCCCUCUCUCGCCCCGCGCCUGCCCACCCUCCCAGCCUCUCCCUCGCAAUACAAAGACGCCGGCAAGCCACUCGCGCGAUUGGACUGCACGCCUGCGAAGGAGGUGCUUGGGUUCGAAGGGUUCAGGGGGUGGAAGGAGACGCUCGAGGAGACGGUGGACGCGUUGGUCGAGAUUGAGAAGAGGUUCGAGGCGUAG